AUGAGGUACUCAAAAGAAAGUCUUGAAGGAGAGAAAAGAAGAGAUUCUGAUAAACAGGGAAUUCGUCAGACCACCCAGAUGAGGCCUGUAUUCUAUCCGAAUCACUUGCUGAGAUGUUGCCCCAUGCGAGGCCACUCGUCGUGUAGACACUGCCUUUGUGCAGCUGAGGGAGCAGGAUCAGUACACCUUGGCCCCUGUCGCACAAUACGUAUUUAUAUUCACAUGUGCCUGUUGUGGGAGCAGGGCCAGCAGAUGACCAUGAUCAGGGGAUCACAGGAUUUGUCAAAGUCAGAUUCUAGAGGGUAUCUUGAUCGAAAUCAAUGGCCCCGGAUUUCACGGAGACCAUCCACCAGGGCUCCAUCCAUAGAUGAACCCAGCAGCAGGAAUGCCAAUAUUAAGCCUCCUAACAGCUCCACCACUUCCAGGACUCCAUCCACCUCCCCUAGCCAGCACGAGUCUUCGCCACGGCAGCUGUCCGCUCAGCCUUCGCCCUCCAUGCAACCCAAGCCACCUAUACCACCAGACUCCCGGCCUCCCACGCCUCCAGAACCUGAGCCAAGCUCCCGGAGAGGUUCCAAAAUGAAUGAAAAUCCAGAAAACUGGUUCCACGGCAAUGUCCGGGAUAUCCAGGAUGCCCGGGCAUCUCCCCAGCGGGAGUAUCCACCCACACCACCCGCUGAAUGGAGAGCCUGUUGUCAGAGGAAGGGCUUUUACUCCGCCUCCUCUCAGCAGGACCGCGACUGUUGGUCUGAAUUGCAGGCACCAAAGCAGAUGCACAUGCAGCAGCCUCGGCUGGACGAGGAUGAUGACGAGUCCUAUUGGGCAUCUGUGAGGAUGAUGCACGAGAAGAGCCCAAGCAGCUCACGCCCUCGGCCGCCCAAACCCAAGCAUGCCAUCACCAUCGCAGUCUCAUCCCAGGCACUCUUCAACAUGAUCGACGACAGGAAAAUCUACGAGGAAGAUGGCCUCGAAAAAUACAUGGAAUAUCAGCUCAAAAAUGAGAACGUCGUCUUGACCCCGGGGCCCGCAUUCCACUUUGUGAAGGCACUGCAGUAUGUCAAUUGUCGACUUUGUGAGCUGUAUCCCAAUGAACAGGACUUAUUUGAUAUUGUACUGAUGACUAAUAACCAUGCUCAAGUGGGAGUGCGGCUUAUAAACAGCGUCAAUCACUAUGGCUUACUAAUUGACCGCUUUUGUCUGACUGGUGGGAAAAGCCCUAUUGGUUAUUUGAAGACCUAUCUCACCAAAUUGUAUCUUUCUGUGGAUUCUGAAAAAGUGCAAGAAGCAAUACAAGAAGGGAUUGCUGCUGCAACGAUGUUUGAUGGAAUCAAAGAUAUGUCUUACUCUGACACACAGCUUCGUUUGGCCUUUGAUGGUGAUGCUGUCCUCUUUGACGAGUCUGAACAAAGUGUCAGGGAUCGUGGACUGGACAAAUACUGGCAGCGUGAAAAAUAUGAGAAUAAGCUGCUUGCUCAGGGUCCCUUGAAAAGCUUUCUGGAAGAUUUAGGCAGACUUCAAAAGAAGUUUUAUGCCAAAGACGAACGGUUGCUUUGUCCCAUCAGGACCUACAUGAUAACUGCCAGGAGUGCAGCCAGUUCAGGUGCUCGCGUGUUGAAAACUCUUCGCCGCUGGGGUCUAGAGAUUGAUGAAGCUCUCUUCCUUGCUGGAGCCCCAAAAGGUCCCAUCUUGGCAAAGAUUCGGCCCCACAUCUUCUUUGAUGAUCAGAUGUUCCACAUUGAAGGGGCACAGAAACUGGGCAACGUCUCACAUCGUGUACCUUAUGGUGUUAGUCCAAAAAUGAACCUUUAG